GCCGGAGAGGAGCUGGGGGAGGACGGUGGCCCGCGAGGCUCGCCGCAGACAACGCGGCGGCGAUGUCCGCGAGCCAGGCGAGUGCCGCGGCGGCAGCGGCGGGGCCUCGCGCGCGGCAGGACGGCCUGGGCUUCGGCCUCCCUCCGGUUCCCUGGAAGCGGGCCGGCGGCCAGCGCGGGAGCAGCAGCAGCAGAGGCGGAGGCUCCAGCGCGUCUCUCUGCCCCUCCGCCUGAGCCCGGGGAGGCCAGGCGGCCCGGGCGGCUGGAGGGGCUCCGCUGCCCGAGAAUGGGAAUUCUCUUCACCAGGAUAUGGAGACUGUUCAAUCACCAGGAGCACAAAGUUAUAAUUGUUGGGCUGGAUAAUGCAGGGAAAACUACCAUUCUUUACCAAUUUUCUAUGAAUGAAGUUGUACACACAUCCCCUACAAUAGGAAGUAAUGUAGAAGAGAUAGUGAUUAAUAAUACACGUUUCCUAAUGUGGGAUAUUGGUGGCCAAGAAUCUCUUCGUUCUUCCUGGAACACUUACUAUACUAACACAGAGUUUGUAAUAGUUGUUGUGGACAGUACAGACAGAGAGAGGAUUUCUGUAACUAGAGAAGAACUCUAUAAAAUGUUAGCACAUGAGGACUUAAGGAAAGCUGGAUUGCUGAUUUUUGCUAAUAAACAAGAUGUUAAAGAAUGCAUGACUGUAGCAGAAAUCUCUCAGUUUUUGAAGCUGACUUCUAUCAAAGAUCACCAGUGGCAUAUCCAGGCCUGCUGUGCUCUUACUGGAGAGGGAUUAUGUCAAGGACUUGAAUGGAUGAUGUCCCGACUUAAGAUUAGAUGAUCUCUACUGACCUCGUCUUACAGACUUUGUGUAAACAGUGUGCUGGACUUUACCUGAAAGCUGCAAAAUUUAAUGGUUUAGAUAUAUUUAUAAUAAACUGAUUUAAACAUUUUCUAUAAGAAGAAAAAUUCAGACCACUUGUUUGAAAACAAAGAUGAAGUCUCACCUUCCAAUUUACUUUCUCAUUAUUCCUUCCAAAGUAAGUUAUGAAAGCUGUGAUUGACAUUUUUCUCAUAGUGAAUGCUCUCAGGACAUUGUGUAGCCUGUGGUAAGUACAAAGGGAGAGGAAUGCAUUUUGAACUUCUAAGAGCUUUAGUAUCAGUAUAACCCUCCCUUGUUGAAUGUUGUUAUUUUCUCGUUCCAUUUAGUCAAACUGCAAAUCACAGAUACUAGGUUUCCAAUAUUUUAAAAUGUAACAUUACUUACGAAAAGUAUUUUGUGUAUGUAUUGUAUAUAUACCUCAAGUCAAGUUAAUGGCUUUGGUUUAUGUGCUAAAGAAAAGCAAGUAACACAAAAAUUAAUAAUAUUCUUGGUUAUAACCAUAAUGAGAUGAGCACUGGCAUUGGUAGUAAGUGCCAUUUUGUAUGUUUCCUCUUUGUUCUCUGUAUUGUACUAACCAGCCCCCAAAUCAUGGAGCUACUUUAAAAAAAAAAAAAAGGAAAAGUCAAAAGCUUGAUAACUGUGUACCUCUUUUUUUGCCCAAUCCCACAUAUGAAAACAUACAAUCCAGUUAAGUGGAAUAUGUUAUCAGAUUCUUGGUUAAGGAUUACUAAUGGACAGAACUGUAUAAUGAGCAGUUACCAGAUUAUUCUUUUUGUUGGUCUAAGUUGCUAACCAAAUUAUUCAUGAAUCAGUCAAUCAUAAAUUGCGAUUAAAAAAACUAUCAAGUUUUUUCUUAUUAGUAUUAAUUGAGUAGUGAUAGGAAACAGGUCUAUCCAGAGAAGUAAUGCUCUAUAAAUAUUAUUAAGUAAUUUAGCUUUAGUUUUUUUAAAUAUUAAAUUAUAUUUGAAGCAGUUGAAUGAAUUUGAGAAUUAAGAGUAAGGCAUAUUCAAGCAACAGCAUUAGUUAAUUUGCAAAUUUCUUAUUUUAGGAGUCAGAAUAAUUUGAGUUUGUUUUUGUAAGUUUUCUUGUACCUUCCACAUAAAUGCGUUAUUUGACAAUUAUAAAAUGUGAUUGUUUUUGGAAUGCUUUUAAGAAUUUGGUUUAAAAAUCGAUUGACAUGAUGUGUUGUUUGUACUAGGAAAUAACUUGACCCAAAAUACCUUCUGUGUUUGCUUAGGAUAUUUUUUUUGAUAUCUAAAAGUUGAGGUUUUUCUGUCUCAACUGUAAACAAACAUCCUAAAUGUGUUAAAGCAUAUUCUCGGAUACUCUAUUUAAGUAUCUUUCAUGUCCUAAAAAUCUGAAGAUUAAUCUGAACUGCCAGUUUUUAGAUUUAGAAUAUUCAAGGAAAAAAUAACUACUUUUAGAGUGAUGUUUUCAAUUUCAUAAAGGUUUUGGAGAGGAAUAAUACUAUGUACUAAAAACAUUGAGAAAACUUUGAAAGUUCUUUUCUACCAAAUAUGAAAUACUCAAUUUCUAAUUCCAACUCAGAUAUGAAAGAUCAGUAUUUAACAUUGGACGUUUUGUGUUUUAUAAUAUGUUCAAAAUACAAUUACAACAUUUAGUAUUUGUCAGCAUACUUUUACAAACGUACAUCAUCAUUAAGCUUUGUUCAUACGUUCUCAUAUUUUCUUAAAUCACUAUAAUGAGUUACUUGUAAAUUAAAAAUUCCCUUAAAAACCCAAGUCUAUUUAUCAGAGAGAAGUAUUCUGCAAAGUAGCCAUGCAGAGCCUUUUGUACUUUUUGUUUUUUAAUUCCAGCAGUUCCUUGAUUGCGGCCACAUCAGUUCAGCACAGUACCAGCACAUUCCUGUGUCAUCAAGGUGUUGAUUAAAAUGUAUUCUUAAUUGAAUGUUUAAAGCAUGCCCUACAUUUUUACAUUUGGUUUAGUGUAAUGAAUUCUGAGAUGACAUCAUGAGAAUGCACAGAAGCUUCUACCACAUUGUAAAAACAUGAUUUGGUUGCUUUCUACCCAUCUGGGCUAAGUAUUAAAAAUGAGGUGGUGUCUGUGUACUUGUUACAUAAAACUGAAAUUACAACUGGGAAAACAAGACUUCAAUUCUUGGCUGAAGAUGUCAGCAUCAUUUUCACAGUGUUAACUUCCAGAUAAGAUAGAGAGCCUCAUCAGUAGUUACAUGGGCAAUUUAUGUAUAAUGUAAGUGGAAUUAAAGGGCAGUACUUUUGGAUUUUUAACAUGCUACUUGGGAGUUCAAGCAAAUAUCUCGUUUAUAGUCACUAUGUUCAGCUUUGAACAGAAGCAAAGAUUCAUCUGUAUGUGUGGCUAGAUUUAAAUAUCCUGUUUUGAUAUUAAUUUUGAAAGUCAUGUAGCUUCUCUUGAUACCUUGAUAAAAGAAAUUUAAUAUUUAAUUUUGUCAUAAUCACAUUUAUGAAGUAUACUCACAAUUAUGUUAAGGUUCUUGUUUGAACUUUUCAGUUCUUUUUCUCUCCCAGCACAUCUUAGCCCUCAUGAUGGACAAAAAAAUAAUAAUGAAGGCAGGUGGCUUGGGGUCAGUGGGAAGUGGGUAUUCAUUCUCUUAUAUGACAUUUUGCCUUAAGAAUAAAAAUGUGCUUUGGCAGUGCUGGCUGGCAUUUUUAGUGAAGGUAGUAAUAGUGAUUUUUAGAAGCGAAGCACGAAACAGAAGGAAGAAGAGUUUGUUUGCUGGCCUUUUGAGAACUGCCUGGUGGGUAGUUCAGUGAGUUUCAGCACAGUACAGGGAACUUGAAGAAAGGCAGGAAGUUCUUGAGAUGUUCUUUUCUUUUUCGUCUGAGUGUAUAAUAUUAAUUACAAUGCCUAGAAAUGGGACUGUAUUGUCUCUUCUCUUACAGGCACUUUACAUUUCUUGCUGUGACUACAGCAGCCACAUACAGUACAGACAACCUCAAAAUCUGUUUAUAUUAGUGUAAAUAGAAAAACCGUAGGCAACUUUUAGUUUUCUCUGCAGGCAUUUUCAGGAAUAUGGUGGGUUCUCCUUUGUAUAUAGAGGACAGCAGCACAUCAUAGAUUAUCUUAAUGGGGUCGUCUUCUCUGAAAUGGCCCACUGGUAUCCUGGCAUCCAUCCCUUUGUCCAGGCUGAGUGAAGAGAAGAGGAUUCCUCACGUGACUGAACUUUGAAACUUUCCACUCUGCAAAUAGUAUAGAACUUCUUGCUUCAGGGUCAGCUUUCCCGUAUCUCAGCUGUUCCUAGCUCUCUUGUAUCUUCAUUCGCCAUCAGUGAAGAUACAUUAUCUUGGUUCUGCAGAUAUUCUAAAUAUUACCUAUAAUCAUUGUGCCCCAAACCACUAGUAUCUAAGUGGCUUCUCUAGUUUCUUGCUGUCCUCCCGCAAAGUGGCUUGAUGAACCGAUUUGGACCUUGCUGGUGAUAAAGCUUUGUCAGAGUUGAGUCCAUCAGGACAGCGUGCAGUGCAUACAGCACAUAGAUGCCUGCAGUAAAAUCCUUUAAGUUACACUGUAGUUAACAUUUUAAUGCUUCUUAAUUUUAACUUCAUAUACUGAGUAGAUUUGGAAAGAUAAGACUCUGCCAGCUCCUUGAGUUGUUAUUUAGACAUGGAGGGUAUGUUACAUAUGGAUUAGCUUGCAGUUACUGAAGGUGAUUAUGCUUUGGAGAAUACCAGUUCAGCCAGUUUGAGUUGGAAAAAUAUGCCAAACCAAAUUCAUAUGUAGUGUUUUACCUAAAGAUAUUCUUCAAGCCAUGCCCACAUUCCAUUAUUUUCCUCAUCUUUACUUAAAAAAAAAAAAGAUAAAUGUUAGAUAUUUAAAGAAAUUUCUAAUGGAAAGCCUAUCUUUACAAUUCUAUCAAAAUGUGCUUUAAGACAUGCAUUAACUAUGUAGAUGAAGAUAUUAUAUGAGAAAUAGACCUUUUCAGAUCCACUUACACAAAAACAACUGUAUUAUGCUCCCUCAAGGAAAGUAUGGUUGGUUAAGACCUUGAUAGUGGAGUAAAGGAAAGAAAGCUAGAAUUGAGCUUUGAAUACUUCUAUUUGAUCCUAAGAACACAUGGAAUUGUGAUGAAAUGUAACAGAAUACAGUUGGAUUAGUUAUGUAAUAAUUCUUAUUAUUUGUCUAGCCCUUGUGUGUUGUUCUAAAAACUAAACUUUAAAUCUGUAUGGUAUUACCUUCUAGGUCUCUGUUCUUUAGUUUAAAAAGAAGAAAAAGAAAAUCCCACAGUCUGUACUCAAGAAGUGCCUAAAACUGAUUUGUGUUGAUUUUUAAAUCCAUCUAAUAAAUUAUAUCUGUUUUCUA